AUGAGGCUCCCCGCACUCCGCCGCAGCAACGAUGCCUACGCCAAGGUCGAGGCUCCGCCGGACGACAACAGCGCCGAUCACGAGGAGAAGGGGCUCGACAAGUGGCAGCAAAAGCUCAGCGCCGAGAAGACGGUCGAGCAGGAGCUGCCCUUCGCCAAGGGCACGAAUAGCCCGCGAGGGUCCAUUCGGUCUCCGCGAGCCCUCAUCGCAGAGCGGGGCAUCAAGAAGCACCGGGACAACGCACAGGCAUCGGCCAUGGAGGCCUUCCACGCCACCAACCCCGACCCGUGGGCUCUCGGCCACUGA